UCUCCAGCGGACCUGGAUGCGGAGCUCUGCCUGCUUGGGAGGGAGGGAGAGGAGGGAGAGACUCAGCCCCUGGCAGCUGUCCAGGAAGUGAGGAAGGGGUGGGAAGGACCACCUGGCAGGGAUCUGGCAGCAGCACAAGAGUGAUGUGACUCCAUCAUGGCUGAAUACCACAUCCGCACCUUCGAGGACAGCGACUACAAGGCAGUGCGCGCCAUCUUCUCCGAUGGCAACCAAGAACAUGCUCCGGCCAGCUGUUGGCAUGUACUCCGGUGCCCUCAGACUCAUCUGAUGCUGCUGGCUUAUGGGGUCUCAGCUUCUUUCCUCUACUCCUGGGGAGUGGUGGCAGCCCUUUUGGUAAUGGGGUGGAUGCACAUGAAGGGCCUCUGGACGGAAUAUAUCCAAGUUGCGCUCAUCACAGAUCUGCUGGAUAUCCGGAAAGCCUACCUGGAACCCAAAGACUGUUGCCUUUGGGUGGCGACGUCCGGAGAGGAAGUGGUAGGGAUGGUGGCCGCUGUCCAUCCCGAAGACCCGUCGCAGUGGGGCAAGGCGCUGGAGUUGAAGCGCAUGUCGGUGGCCAAGGGACACAGGGGCCGUGGGCUCUCCAAGGCGCUUACCAGGACCGUCCUCCGCUUUGCCCAGGAGCGAGGGUACAAGGCGGUCAUCCUUGGGACUUCCAUGGUGCAGCACGCGGCUCAGCGAGUCUACGAGGGAAUGGGCUUCCGCAGAGUCAGAGUGUUCAGCCCCUCCCUCUUGGCGAAGCUGCUGCAGUUCUACGUUUACCUCUACCGCUACGAGAUUGCUGGAUCGCAAUGAUCCAACCUCCUGCUCAGUGCAGGAACCAGAGGCGUUACCACCUAGAGGGAUAUGCGGUCACCUAUGUCCCCAGGCACACGCCUUUUGGUCACAUGGGAGGGCACCGAGCAGCUACCCCACAUGACCAAAAGGCAUGCGUCCCAGCUGCCUGCCACUGAGCCCCAACCCCCUGUCUCCCUCCAGGCCGACUUUUGGCCUCUCCGGGCCCUGCAGGCUUGCACGGAAGCCAGGGGUGGGGGUCGGCGGCAGGCUGCCCUACCCCUGCACUGCCCUUCCCCUGAGCCACACCCCCAGCCUCCAUACAGACCAGCGGGGCUGGGCUCAGUGCCCCCGAGCCACGCUCCCAAGUGCGGCACCCUGAGAAGGAGUUGUCUCUGGGCGCCAUCCCCCACCCCCAAUACCCCUCUGGCAGGA